UUGCUUGUGCCGUGUGUGACUGUGUUAUAUGAUUGUGUGUGUCUUAAGGAUCCAUCAAAAGAGGUCGAUGUGAUUAGACGAUCGAGCAGGCAGUGUGUUUUUUCUCCAUAAAGCCCCUGCCACUGUUUGCCCUCUUACUGAUCCCCAACCGAUCCGAUCCGUUCCAUCCGGUCAUUUUGGCAUUGGUGGGGGCGCGCACGCACAAUGCCGCUUUCCGCAUGGGAAAGUACAGCGAGCCGGACGUUUACCGCGCGCUGAACAUCAUCGCACUGCAUUUCGUCUCUAUGGAAUACUCAUUGCAUUAUUCAUGAUUGUGGAGCGUGUGUAUUGAUGGGAGAGUUGUGAUAGCACGCGUGAUAUGGAAGAAGACGACUGGGAUAAUCCGGCACCGCCGCUAUCCCGCAGUGACCGCAUCCAGCGGAUCACCUCACCCGACAGCACACUGCAGCGCCCACCGCGGGCGGUGGCUCCCACGGGCCAUCCGCCCGUUUUCCAUGUGGGAUCCACGGGUUCAUUGGCCCGCUCAGCGCAGCAGCAGCAACUGCAGUUAGCCGCCGGCUUCCAUCCCCUGGAUGUCGGUCUCCUCGAUCCGGGGCAUGUGGCCACCCUGCGGCGGCAAGCGCACUUGCUGGCCCUGCAAGCAGCUCACACUAACUCCCUGCCCCGCGGCGGCGUCAAUCCUCAGUUUGGGCUGCCGGUCCCGGUCUCGCCCACCACGUCGCAUCGCAUCCUGAAUCAGCGGUACAAACAGGCUGCCAGCCUCCCGCCCACCGCUGGCACGAGGGUGACCAGUCCAACGGCGGCGGCACAGCGGCUGGAGAUGGGCCUGGACAAGGAGGGAACGCUGCGCAGGGGGCCGUAUUGGGGGCAGGUCAAUGGGAGUUAUGAUCCCUAUUCGGUGGCCGGAGGCGGGACGGGAGGAUAUCCGGGCGACGGGAGCACCUCCAGUUACGCCCGGGUGGGACAUAAUCGCCAGAGUGGACUACCAUCACAUCCGCCGCAACCACAGACUGCGGAGCCCAUAUACAACCUGCAGCAUGACGAGAGCACCAGUCUGACCUCCCAGAAGACAUCUCGCACGCAGACAAGCAUGCUCACCAAAUCGGCCCCCACUCCCUCCGGUUCGGGGGGCUCCGGGAGUGGGGGCUCGGGCGGCAUCCCGGCACCGAAACCCUCGAUGGACGGCAGCGGUUCCACAACGUUAUCAGCCUCCGCCAAAUACGCCGAGUACAUCUCCAGCCUGGAGAAGUAUCAGCAUCCACCACCGUCCAAACGGCACGUCACCUUCAUCAAGUACCGCGGCCGGCAAUGCACCAUCGGGAUGCUGGCUGUCUUCGCCCUGCUGGUCAUUGGGCUGGUGGUGGCCCCUGUUGUUUACUUCACAGCCUUUGCCAAUAAGAGUCAGAACGCGGAUUCCAGUGCAGAGACGCGGCUGACCAACUUCAUCAACGGACAGAUUACGCUGGACACCACGCAUGGUGCCUACGCGGAUCUCAUGACAGAUCCCGCCCGGCCCCCCGACGACGCCGGCUUAAAACGGGUUCAACGUGAUAUGGAAAAUUUGCUCAAAGAUGUUCUGCAUGGACCUGGCGGCUUCGCCGCUGACGAGGUGAACUCUGUGAUGGUCUCGCAACCGCAGCGGCCGGACACGCAUCAGAUCUUCCUCCGCUUUCAAGUGCUCCUCUCCAGCUCCAUGUCGUUGGACGCCGCCGAAGCCAAAACCUCCAAAGCUUUCGCCAGCGCCACCAGCACGGAUCCGCUGGGGACUAAUCUUAAAACCACACCCAUCAUCGCCAAUUCCCUCUUCUACAGAGCGGUUCCGCAGUCCAACUCCACCUCCGCCGCUGCUGCGGACUUGCAGUUGCUUCCGCCGAUCGAUGACACCGGGAAUGCGCCGCGACCGACACCCACACUGCGCCAUCCGACCGUGGGAACCACCGGCAGCACCCCCGCGCCGCCAAUGACACCCCCACCACCGGCCAGCAGCCCCAUGACGACACGGGCGACUACCACUACCUCGACGAUGACGACGACGACCACAACCACCACCCCGCGAACCACCACGACCCCGUCGACCACUCCCCGUACAUCCCCGGCGCUGCUGAUGAACCCGGACGACGAGACCUUCAGUGUAGCCGGGAAAGUGCCCAACCGAAAACCCACUCGACCUCCCGAGACUACCGCCUGGGCGCCGGAGACCCCAACGUUUGCUUUUACUCUGCCACAGUCACCGACGUUCGCUUUCACCCCACCCCCGCCGGCCCCGAGUGUCUUCACGCGUCCCUUGACUACCCCAGCGUUAACGACGAAGGUGGUGAUGCCGGAGUUUGUUCCGACCAGUAUGGAACCUAACCGCAUGAGCAGCGCACCCGAGUCCACCUGGCCAGUGACGCAGCCACAGGGCGCGCCGCAGUUCACCGGGCCGCAGUUUAUCCAGGUGUUUGACCCGCAGGCCGGAACCAGUCGGGCGCCGGGCUUCCUCCCGGAGCUUCCCGACUUCCCACCGCAUCAACAACAGUUUAACAAUUUCAACAAUCAGAACUUUCAGCCGCAACCGGAAUCUGGACAACGGCCUCCACCCCCGAUGGACAACGCUUUCCAUCCGUUGCCGUUCAAUCGAUUCUCCUUAGAUGACGCCAACGCUCAGGCGGCGUCGGAGACGACGGUGUUGACGACAAAGAGUACUACUACGACGAAAAAGGCACCGACUACCUCGACGACGGCGGCACCCACCACCACGGUGGCGGUUACAACGAGUAUGCCGAAAGGUGGGGAGAUGAUGAGAGAGGAGGAAAGGACGAUUGCGCCGGAGAAGAGGGAAUUUUCCGCCGGCACGGAUUCGGCCAAUCUGCCCAGCCGGGCUGGGGAGUUUGUCAAAGAUGUCGGGGAUUUCGGGGAAGCCUUUGCCUCAACGGCGCCGCUCUUAGUCUCGGAAUGGGGCAACUGGAGCGAAUGGGGCGCGUGUUCGUCACCGCGGUGCAGCAGCGACGGCUUUCAGAUGCGGACGCGCGCGUGUUUGACGUCAGUUAACGGCGCACCGGCCAUUGCUGACCAUGAUGCUUCCUGCACGGUCAACGGAGGGCAGGGCAUUGAGGCACGGCCCUGUGUGUGUGAGAGUGCUGCCCUGCCGGUGACCGAACUGCCGCCGGAGGAUGAAACUUACCUGCCCGAACCGGUACCCUCCACGGUGGCCAUUGUCAGCACAUCGCCUGCAGCCAAAAUCAGUCCUGUGACCUGGUCGGAAUGGACUGAGUGGUCGGUGUGCUCCAUCGCCCCGUGUCAUCCCAGCGGCAUCCAGACCCGGCACCGUACCUGCCGCCUGGACGCCCAGCAAGUCCCUGAUGAAAUGUGUUUGGCUGCUGAGGGCGCUGCAGUGGAGACGCGACCCUGCGACUGUCCGCUCGAGACGGUGACCCCGCCGGGCGGGGAAGCCGAGGCUGUGACGACGCCCACCUUUGUGCGGCCCUCGACGGGUGCCCGUGACGGCGCAGUGCAGCCGCAACGGAACUUCAACAUGCAGAUCCAGAAUCGGCCGUUGCAAAAACGCCCAGCAACCAAUAGUCUACCGCGAACCUGCACCUUCUACGAGAAGCCCUGCAAUAAUGGACAGUGUAUUCUUUCGUAUCGAGUCUGUGAUGGUUUUCCUGAUUGCUCUGAUGGAAGUGAUGAGCCGCUGGGCUGUGGCCGCUGUUUCAGUGGCGAAUUCAAGUGCACGAAUGGCCGUUGCAUCAGCGAGUCUCUAGUUUGUGAUGGAAAGGACAAUUGUGGAGACGGUACUGACGAGUUCUUCUGCUAGACGAGUAGACGACACAUCGGUCGGCACCCGCUGACCUGCGAGAGCGGUGCUGACCUUUGUGGCAAAUGGGGUGAUUGCCUGUGCUGAUGCGCUGACGCAUGCCUGGCUAUCCUCGGGUGAUUUGGGAUUUGUUGCUCCCUCCUCUGUGUGUGUUUUUUAUUGCUCCAUUCAGCCGCGCCUUCCUUUCAAUGUGCCUGCUUUGAAAUGCGCAACACACUGCUAAGACGAUUUUUAGAAUUUUUAUGCCUCAAUUCUUAGCUUCUCGUUACACAAUUAUAUUCCUCUGUAUUAUUUUUCAAGAAAUAAAACGCUG